CGCAUGGACCUGUGCCACGUCCCCGCCACCCGGGAAAAGGGCUGGUACCUGGCGCUGAUGGCCCCCAACGUCAAGGGUCCCAACUACGCCUGGCUGGACCCCUCCCGGCUCUACUGCCAUCCGCAAGGCUUGCAGGACUGCGUGGCUGACCUGCUGCAGCCCUUCCAGGGAGACCCCAUCGACAUGGUGGCCGGCAUCGACGCCAUGGGCUUCAUCCUGGGCGCUGCCGCUGCCGCCGUGCUGCGGAAAGGCUUCCUGGCCAUCCGCAAAGCCGGGCACCUCUGCGUGCAGACACUGGCGCAGCCCUACACCGACUACUCGGGCCGAGAGAAGGUGAUGGAGGUCCGCACCGAUGCCAUCUCACCAGGUCUGCGCAUCCUCCUCGUGGACCAGUGGGUUGAAACCGGGGGCACCAUGCGAGCGGCCAUCCAGCUGGUGGAGCGGCUGGGGGGGGUCGUGGCAGGCGUCGCCGCCAUCUGCAUCGAGGACAGCGAGGGCGGGCGGUGGAUCCAGGAGCGCUACAAGUGCACCCAUUGCGUCCCCCCCCGCCUGCAGCCCCGCUUCGACCGCCACCAGUUCGGCUGGGACUGA